AUUAUAUAUUCCAUCUAAAGUUUGCUAAAACAUUGAUCUAUGUUAUAGCAAUGGGCCAAGAUAUAAACCUUCACAUUACAAAGUUUGAGUUAAUGUUAAUGUAAUUGAAAUUUUUUAUAAAGUCACAAUUGAACUUAGCCCAAAACUUGCAGCUUCUGCAUAUUCAGCCAUAUCAUAUUUGUGCCUGAUUUUCGACAAUUUGGCAUAAAUUAUAAAGAAAUGUUGCGCAUAUGGAGUGCCCUUUGAAACAAGAUAUGCAAAUAUGAUUAAAUGCUGAUUGUCUAAUUAUGAUGAAGUUAUAUUUUUGUGAGGCUUUGUUUGAGCAGAAGGCAAGAUUUGAAGGGAGCAUCAUGUUUUCUCAAAGGAAUUAGCAAACAAGUUUUACCUAAAUACAUUGCCAUUAGACAUUUCUGUCUAAUCCAGGUCCCAUGUAACCCAACGUCACAUGCUGUUGCAGCCAUUGAUUUUAGGCAUCAUCUGAAAUCUGUCUCCACCUUCCCUCGUAUAAAUCCCACCUGCAAAAAAAUUCCCACUUCAAAAAAACACAUUGCUAAAAAAAAAAGAAAAAAAAAUGAUUCAUGCAAAGAAACUCUCGAAGAUGAUCCAGCAGUGGCACAAGUUUGCUGCUACUGCGGCGCGGGGAAAGAGGGUGGGCGGCGGGGAGGGCUGCUGUGUGGCGCUGCCCGUGGACAGGGGCCACUUUGCGAUCUACACGGCUGACGAGAGGCGCUUUGUGGUGCCGUUGGCCUAUCUCAACGACCCCGUGUUCAGGCAGCUGCUGGAGAUGUCGGAAGAGGAGUACGGCCUGCCUUGCAACGGCCCUAUCGUGUUGCCCUGUGAUUCGGUCUUCAUGGACUACGCCAUCUGCCUCAUCCGGAAGGGCAGAGCUGGAGACUUGCACCGAGCUUUGCUCGAGUCGCUAGCCAGAAGCCGCUGCUCGUCGUCGUCGUGUUUGCAUCAAGCCCAGAUUAACCACCACUUGCUCAUUCAUUGAUUGCCUGCAAAACACACACCAUGGAAAAUGUGUAGCAAAUGAGACAACAUUCCAAAAUCAAUGAGCGGUUAUGCUUAUGUAGCGGGCCCCUGGCUUUGGAAAUGUAAUUGUAAUGUUUAUUCAUAUUGUCAAAAAUAACAACAGUUGAACUUA